GAUAAACAGAUAAAGAUUGUAUAAUGAUUCGUGUAAUUUUGGUAUUUUUGUUGGCUCUGGUGGCAGGUUCAAUGCAGUAUGGCUAUGGAUAUGGGUACCCAGGAAUGAUGGGCGGCUACCAUGGUUAUCCGGGAAUGAUGGGCGGUUACGGUAUGCGGCGAAUGGGUUACGGUAUGGGUAUGGGAAUGUACCGUCCUGGACUCAUGGGAAUGCUCAUGGGAAGAUAAUUUUUUGAUUUUUAAUUUUUAUUUUUUGAAUAAAACUUUAAAAAAAUACAA